CCCGGAAGUCGGAGCUCCUGACGGCAACUUUCCGGUGGUGGGAAAGUGAAGGAAUCCUCUCCUCGGCGAAUUCCGAGGCAGGUCUCCUACGUGCGGAAGAGCAAGGCCAGCGACAGCACGGGGUCCGAGUCGGAGCCCGGCGGAUCAGCAACUGCAGAAGCACGCAGCGGCAAGAGAGGGAAUGGUGCGGAGACGCGCCGAGAAGGAGGCGCAGUCCGUGCCCCUCAGGGUUAGUGAAUGAGGCGCUCCGCCCGGGCCGGCCCAGGGACCGUGAGCUGCGGGUCCCAGCAUGAGUGCGGGCCCCGGCUGUGAGCCCUGCACCAAACGACCCCGGUGGGGCAGCGCUGCAACUUCGCCGGCGGCCUCGGACUCCUCCCGAAGCUUCCCCGGCCGGCAGAGGCGCGUCCUCGACUCCAAGGACGCUCCCGUGCAGUUCAGGGUCCCGCCGUCCUCUCCAGGCUUUGUUCCGGGGCGGGUGGGACUGCACCGAGGCAGCGCCACUUCUCUUGUUUUUAAGCAAAAGACUAUUACCAAUUGGAUGGACACUAAGGAGAUCAAGACAGCUGAAUCAGAAAGUUUACAUAGUAAAGAAAACAAUAACACAAGAAUAGAAUCCAUGAUGAGUUCUGUACAGAAAGAUAACUUUUAUCAACAUAAUGUGGAAAAAUUAGAAAGUGUUUCUCAACUAAGUCUUGAUAAAUCACCUGUUGAGAAAAAGACACAGUAUUUGAACCAGCAUCAGACUACAGUGAUGUGUAAGUGGCAGAAAGAAGAGAAAAAUACAGAACAGCUUUUGGAAAGUGAACCUGCCACAGUGACUCUGGUGCCAGAACAGUUCACUAAUGCUAACAUUGAGCAGUAUCCCCACACUGAUGGUCACAGUGACACAGACAGCAAAGAAAGCAGAGACAAUCAACAAUUCCUGACACCCAUAAAGCUUGAAAAUGCAAAACAGACAACAACUGAGCAGGCCAGAGAAGCCAGAAGCCACCAGAAGGACUGCCCAGCUUGUUACCCUGGGGAAGACCGUACAGGUUGUCAGCAAGAGACAGACGUGGUACCAGAGAGUCCAUUGUCAGAUGUUGGCUCAGAGGAUGUUGGAACUGAAUUGAAAAAUGACAACAAAUUAAGUAGACAAGAAAGUAGCCUAGGAAAUUCUCCAUUUGAGAAGGAAAGUGAACCAGAGUCACCAAUGGACGUAGAUAAUUCCAAAAAUAGUUGUCAAGAUUCAGAAGCAGAUGAAGAGACAAGUCCAGGUUUUGAUGAACAAGAUGAUGGUAGUUCCUCCCAGAUAGCCAACAAACCUUCCAAGUUGCAAGCAAAAGAAGCUGACAAUGAACUUAAGAAGCAGUGCUCUGCUAAGGGAGGUGAAAUUAGAUUACAUUUUCAAUUUGAAGGAGGGGAGAGUACUACUGGGUUAAGUGAUACAAAUGCCAGAUUACCUGGAAGUAUGUCUGUGCUUAAUGUAGAAUGCAGAAAUUCCAAGCAGCAUGGAAAAAAGGACUCCAAGAUCACCGACCACUUCACAAGAAUAUCUAAAGCAGAAGACAGAAGAAAAGAACAAUGUGAAAUCAGACAUCAAAGAACAGAAAGGAAGAUGCCUAAAUACGUUCCACCUCACCUUUCUCCAGAUAAGAAGUGGCUGGGAACUCCUCUUGAGGAGAUGCAAAGGAUGCCUCGGUGUGGGAGCCGGCUGCCUCUCUUGAGACCAUCUGCCAAUCACACAGUGACUAUCCGGGUAGAUCUUUUGCGAGCAGGAGAAGUUCCUAAGCCUUUUCCUACACAUUACAAAGAUCUAUGGGAUAACAAACAUGUCAAAAUGCCUUGCUCUGAGCAAAACUUGUACCCUGUGGAAGAUGAGAAUGGUGAGAGAACUGCAGGGAGCCGGUGGGAGCUUAUUCAGACUGCACUUCUCAACAAAUUCACUCGACCUCAAAACCUGAAGGAUGCUAUUCUGAAAUACAAUGUGGCAUAUUCUAAGAAGUGGGAUUUUACAGCCCUGGUUGAUUUCUGUGAUAAGAUACUCGAGGAGGCAGAAGCCCAGCAUCUGUAUCAGUCCAUUCUGCCUGACAUGGUGAAGGCUGCACUCUGCCUGCCAAGUAUUUGCACACAGCCAAUACCGCUUCUGAAGCAGAAGAUGAAUCAUUCCAUCACAAUGUCCCAGGAGCAGAUCGCCAGUCUUUUAGCUAAUGCGUUCUUCUGCACAUUUCCUCGGCGGAAUGCUAAGAUGAAAUCAGAAUAUUCUUGUUACCCUGACAUUAACUUCAAUCGAUUGUUUGAAGGACGUUCAUCAAGGAAACCAGAAAAGCUUAAAACACUCUUCUGCUACUUUCGAAGAGUCACAGAGAAAAAACCUACUGGGUUGGUGACAUUUACAAGACAGAGUCUUGAAGAAUUUCCAGAAUGGGAAAGGUGUGAAAAACCCCUGACACGACUGCAUGUCACUUAUGAAGGCACCAUAGAAAGCAGUGGCCGAGGCAUGCUGCAGGUGGAUUUUGCAAACCGUUUUGUUGGAGGUGGUGUAACCAGUGCAGGACUUGUACAAGAAGAAAUCCGCUUUUUAAUCAACCCUGAGUUGAUUGUUGCACGGCUGUUCACUGAGGUGCUGGAUCACAAUGAAUGUCUUAUUAUCACAGGUACUGAGCAGUACAGUGAAUACACUGGCUAUGCUGAAUCGUACCGCUGGGCCCGCAGUCAUGAAGAUGAGAGUGAAAGGGACGACUGGCAGCGCCGUUACACUGAAAUUGUCGCCAUCGACGCACUUCACUUCAGACGCUACCUCGAUCAGUUUGUGCCUGAGAAAAUGAGACGCGAGCUUAACAAGGCUUACUGUGGAUUCCUCCGCCCUGGCAUUCCUUCAGAGAGCCUCUCCGCAGUGGCCACAGGAAACUGGGGCUGUGGUGCCUUUGGGGGUGAUGCUAGAUUAAAAGCCUUAAUACAGAUCCUGGCAGCUGCUGCAGCUGAGCGAGAUGUGGCUUAUUUUACCUUUGGGGACUCAGAAUUGAUGCGAGACAUUUAUAGCAUGCACACUUUUCUCACUGAGAGGAAACUGACUGUUGGAGAAGUAUAUAAGCUAUUGCUACGAUACUACAAUGAAGAAUGCAGAAACUGUUCCACCCCAGGGCCGGAUGUCAAGCUUUACCCUUUCAUAUACCAUGCUGUUGAGUCCUAUGCAGAGACUGCUGACCAGCCAGGGCAGAGGACAGCGACCUGAGGGGCUGAGUAACUUAAGCUCCCCCCCCCCCACUGCUCCUAGACAUCGUGUUUAAAUAAUAUGGUGUAGCAUGUGGACUCACUUAAAUUAAUAUCAAUGUGAAUACAAACCAUAUUUGUAGUCAAAGAUGCAAUCCCAUCUAUACAUAUGCAAUGGUCAAUUUGUAAAUCUGGGCCACUUCCAUCAUGACAUGUAAGCUUAUUUAUGUGCUUCCCAUUUUCUUUCAGUUCUUCCUGUUUUUUUUAUUUUUUUCUUUUGCCCAUCAGCUUUCUUGUGAAACCCUGUAAAAGGUGCUCAGCAGAUUCUUCAUGCCUGUAUAUUGUACUAAUUAUUUCUGCAGUUAUUAGCAAAUGCCAAUGAGCCCAGGAAGAAGCUGAAAUCAGGUGUCUCUGUUGUAGGGUUUGCAUCAGGUUUGUGAGCCUGUCAACUCCAUUUCUUGUUUAGGCUCCAUGUUUAAAUUUUUGAAUUUCAAAAACUAAGAAUUAGUGGGUUUUGGAUGUUGUAUAAUACAAAUAUCCUAAGUUAAAAGUUUUUAUUUAUUUAAGACAAAUUGAUUUCCAGAAGUUACUGUGCAACACCAACUUCAUCUAUAAUGGUUUAUCUAUCCUGUUUCCCCUGAUGAACUUUUAUGGACAUUGAGCUGGGGAUAUAGCUCAGUGUCACAUGCCUGCCUAGCAAACGUGAGGUCCUGAGUUUGAUUCCCAGUACUAAAGAAAGUUUUUUUAAUAAAUCUUCAUUAAUAAAUCUCAGAAGCUCCCAUAUCACCUAUACUUUACAUAUAUCUAUACAUAUUUGCUCUUUAAAAGUGUCUAAGUGGAAGCUUAUAAAGUCUAAAUAAAACUGGGCUUGGGGGAAAUGAAUAGGUUUAGACUUUAUUAGGGCUCUUUAAAGUAUUUUUCACACUACAUUCAUUUAUAAUUGACAACAAACAUAAGUAGUAGUGUCUCUGGAAGGUUAAACCGAGUGUCAAAGCCAAUCAUCAAAGCACUUAUUUAGAUUUUCAGACUAGUUCAAAGCCACACUGUUGAAAUUCUUGUUCAUGGUCAGCUGUCAAGAAAAGCCAGUGGAGGUCAGAUCCUGCAGCAUUGGCAGGAAGAAAAUAGGCCCUGGGCAGAUGUCUGUAACCCUUGACGUUUGUAUAGGAAUUCAAAGGAUAAUGGGAUUUAGCAUCUGAAGGCAGCCACUUGUCAUUGACAGAGUUCUUACCACAGUAACUAAGAUUUUAAUCAUCUCCCAAAUUCAGAGGAAUCUGGCUUUAUUUCUGCUGAUACUAAAAUGUCUUUCCUGGUUAUAUUCAUUUUGUUUCUCCAUCCUGUACUGUGCUCUCCUGGGCAAUCCCAGGACUAAGUGAACAGUGUUUCCUGAGCAGGGUCAGCUGAUUACUCUGUAGCGAAACCAUAGAUCCAGACUAGGUACCACCCAGUCCACCGUAGCUGGGCCUAGAAGCUGAACCCCCGCUCCUGGCACCGUGCCAUCUACCAGCUGCCUUUGUGGUGGAGACUCUUACUAGCUGUGUGUCCUAGCACUGGGCAGCUUAAUCACAUGGAACAUAAAGAGUGCUCUUGUCGAGUUCUUGAGAAGGGAGGGUAAUGGGGAGAAUGCUAUUACUUUCUCCUAACAGCCCUCUGCAGCAUAAUUAUAAUGAUAAUAAUUAGAAUUCAUAUCAUGAGAUAUUUAACAGCACUUUCUUGUUCUCUUCCACAUAGGGCUUAUUAUUUUACUUCAUAUUGUUUACUCCUUGUUUUAUUAAUCUACCAAGUUUAGGAAUCUUAGAUUUAUUUGUUCUUUAAUCUGCCAAGUUUAGAAAUGUAGAUUUUCUUAUAGUUGUGUUUUUAUGAUACUGAGGAUUGAGCCCAGGACUUCAGUACCUACUCAGUAAGCACUCUAUAACUGAGCAAUAUCCGAGACUGUUUCAUUUUGACGUAAGAUCUCACAAGGUUUCCUACACUAACCUCAAGCUUGCAAUCCUCCUGUCUCAUCCUCCCAAGUAGCAGGUGUGUGUUACCAUUCCUAGCUACCAAUCUUGGGUUUUUAAUGCAGCUUAUUUUCAGUUUCUGUGUGACUCUGUCGGGAGUAAAAUAACAGAAAAAGAGCAAUGUUGAGUAAUGCAAAGGACAUGAGGUUUCUAAAUCAGGCAGAUCACAGUUAAUAUUUUAACCUUAUCUAAAUAAAGUGGAUCUUUGACUUAAACAGCUAAAAAACAAACUAAUAGCACCUACUAGGAAAUAAAAUAUAAAACAGUAAACACAGAGUCUGGCAUAGAAUUGGUGUUCAAUAAAUGUCAAAAAUAUCAUUGACCCAGGAGCACUUAUGGGACACCUACUCUGUAUUAGCUGCUAUGCUGUUUACUCCAUGUUUUAUUUUGUUUUGUUUUCUUUUUUUCAGAAGGUUUUUUUGUUUUGUUUUGUUUUGUUUUUGAUGGCUCAGGAUGCACAAGUCUGGCAAGGUUAAGGUUCUGGGGAUUGAACCACAGCAUCCUGAGCCUGACUGUUUUAUGUAAGCAGUCACUUAAACAACUGAGCUAAU